AUGUUUAUUCGGAACAGAAGCAACUCGACAUCGUCUCUGCCAGCAAAGCUUAACGACUACAACUCCAACCAACAUCACAAGGAGAAAGACAAUCUGGAUUCACAGACCGAGACCCAAUUUGACAGUGACAAAAUAACCUCAGACGAAUGGCAAAGGGAUGAAAUUCCCACCAGGAGUAAGAAAAGGAAAGAAACAAGUCCAAUUCACAACGACGGGAAUAAAAACCAGAAAAAUUCCCCAGACUUUGUGAUCCCUACACGCAAUAGUUUUGAACUACUUGAUACGGAGCCUACAGAUAGAACCAACAAUACAGACAAAGUAUAUGUAACAAAGCCAGAACCCAUCUUUGUCACUGGUGUAAUGAAUGUAAAUUCUCUUAAGGAUGUACUAAACAAAUUUCUAAAGAGCGAACAUUACCUCAUGAUGUGGACACGUUAUAAAAAUUAUACCUAA